CCCUGGUCUGGUCUAGGGUGGCAGGAGGCAGGUGGCUACUGUAAUGCUGUAUUCGCUUGCUGGCCAAUCAUGAGCAAUUACCCCCAGUGGAUGUUUCGGUACGGCUCAGGGCCGCCUUCCGGGCGGGAAGAGCCUUUUCGUCGUCUGCCGUGGUGGGCUGGCUACCUUAGGCGGGCGAGGCGGGCAACCAGAAUACUCCUCUUCCCCACGCUUGCACCCUCCCUCACAAGUCACAAUAAUGGAAUAAUGGAGCUGGAUCCCACCCACGCUCCACGCUCCACGCUCCACGCUCCACGCUCCACGCUCCAUGCCCCUCCCUUUCCGUCGGUACCUUAGCGAUGAAGCAAGAAGAGGGUCGAGGGGGUCUCAAACAUCUCUUAGUUCACCUUCAACUCUCGAUGCCUGCCACUAAACGCCACUGUCACAUGUACACAGCUAAGACUUCUCCUUCUCCUCCUCCUUCUCCUUCUACCAGGUGCUUUCGUCUGGAGAAAAUCCCGUCCUUUGUAAACCUGUUGUAAUCAGCUUAGAUCGCUUUGUUUUAUCUUUCGGCUUAUUCCCAUUCUCGCCCACCGGACAUUCGCAAUAUCGCAUUCCUUCUUAGUGAUAGUUGCAUGCACGGAGCAGCAUGGGGGCUGCACCGAUACCAGACAUGGACUAACUGGCCCUGGCUGCCUGGGCCGGCCACUUGCUAACAUGCUUGCUUCGGUUCGCUACCAACCUCACCCACCUGCACUCCGUAGUCCAGAAGGAUGAGAUGCCUGUAAGUGCUGCACCACCGCUGCAGACACGGCAUGUGAGAUUGUGUUCAACGUGUACUCGGCCAUAGCUUGAUUGGGAUAAAGACCCUUGCUUCAUCAGUUGGUGCAGAUAGGCUCUAGAUGUGUACUCAUCUGAUGGCAGGAGCUAACAGAAAUGGCCUGCAGCAGGCCAUUAGUGACAGAGCACUAUCCAAAGUUACUUCUGCAGAUCUGAACCCUCCCAUCUUUCCUUCUGCACUAUCCCCUCAUUCUUUGGCGUUCUUGGAGCUUCAGCUGGAACAGAGUCAACGAAGUUUACAAGAUGGAGGACAAAAACAUUGAGAUGAAAUCAUAUGUCGUGCAGGAUGACUCCGAUCAAAGUCACCAGCAUGUGAGCGAAGGUACUGCUACCAGAGGACGACGCGGUGGAACAGCCCGAGAUGAGGAGGAAAUGGCAUACUUUGGCAAAGAACAGCAAUUGAAGCGAAACUUUGGAUUUUGGUCCAUCGCGGGUUUCGUCUGCAGUUUGUUAUCAACAUGGGAAGGAUUGUUUGCAGCUUUUCUUUAUGGUUUUCAAAACGGUGGUCCAGCCGGCCUCGUGUACGGCUUCCUCUUCGCCUGGAUUGGAUCUUUGGCUGUUGUUGCCUCACUCGCCGAAAUGGCAUCAAUGAUGCCACUGUCGGGUGGUCAGUACCAUUGGGUGUCAAUCCUAGCUCCAGGGCGAUGGGCAAAAUUCCUAAGCUACACCACAGGAUGGCUCACGGUCAUCGCAUGGCAGGCAGGCCAAGCGAGUGUUGCAUUUCUCGCGGCUUCCAUAAUACAAGGAAUGGUCGUUCUCAAUAACGACAGCUAUGUUCCAACAAGAUGGCAAGGGACCCUCAUAUUCUACGCGCUCAUAUUCGUCAUCGUUUUCAUCAACACUUUCUUGGCGAGAUGGCUGCCGAAAAUCGAAGGCUUGAUUCUGAUCUUCCAUGUUCUGGGAUUUUUUGCUAUCCUGAUACCUCUGGUCUAUCUUGCUCCUCACGGUUCACCAAAGGAUGUCUUUGUGACAUUCGUCAAUGGUGGCGGAUGGUCUUCUGAUGGACUUUCUUGGUUCGUUGGAAUUGUCACUGGUGUAUUUGCUUUCCUAGGUGCCGAUUCUGCAUGCCACAUGAGCGAGGAAAUCCACAAUGCUUCGACUGUGGUCCCGAACGUUAUGAUGUUCUCAUUGGUUUUGAACGGAGUGCUCGGAUUUGCAAUGCUGAUUGCCGUUCUUUUCUGCCUUGGCAGCAUUGACGAUGCUCUCGCAACUCCUACCGGAUUCCCAUUCAUCGAGAUCUUUCUCCAAGCCACGAACAGCACAGCAGGUGCUACGGCAAUGACAUGCAUUGUUAUGCUUCUCAUGGCAGCAGCUGCCAUUGGAGUCAUGGCUACCGCAUCUCGAAUGCUCUGGGCUUUUGCUCGUGACAAUGGUGUUCCAUUCAGCAAUCAACUCGGAAGAGUCCACGAGCCUUCUGCUCUUCCAUUGUAUUCAAUUCUCGUCUGCACCGCCACAUCACUCUUGCUUGUCCUCAUCAAUAUUGGCAGUAGUGCCGCUUUCAACGCCAUCGUGUCAAUCACAACCGCCUCGUUCUUCACAUCUUACGCGAUCCCCACUGCACUCCUACUUCACAAGCGUCUACGAAAUGAUCCCGUCAAAGACAAUAUCCACUGGGGUCCUUGGAAGAUGGGUCCGAUCCUAGGCCCCAUCGUUAAUGUCUGUGCCUUGAUCUACUCUGCCAUUGCCAUGUUCUUCUCCUUCUGGCCAUCCACGUCCACAGUUACCCCACAGAGCAUGAACUGGUCUGCACUUAUCUGGGGAGGUGUGAUUAUUUUCAGUGUGGUAUUUUACAUCUUCCGAGGAAGACACAACUACAAAUGGCCAAUUGUCGACCCAAUUCGUCGAAAUCAGUAAAGACGGAAAGGAGUGGUGGUCGGCACGCGGACUGUACUUCUGGCGCGUAUCUUUUUGGCAUAUCGCAAGAAAUUUGAGUUGACAUGAACUCAAGCUUUGAUUGUUAUUGAGAGAUAAUGAAUACGAGGCCUUUGGGUCAUUGUAUACUAUCAGUAAAUUUUUUGUGUACAUUUCCGUGAAGCUUUUAACAUCAUCCCUGUCCAGUGAAAUACCAUCAUCUCAGAAUCCAAAAGCCAAUUCUGCAAUCACCGGUAAUUCCACUUUAAACUCCACCAGCUCUCACAUCAAGCAUUUGCGGACCUUUCCCAAGAGUUCCACCCAAGGAGGCCACAACUCCACCCCACAGCGGUUUUCCAGGUCUCACAACACGGUCCAAGUCCAUGGUUGCUGACGGCGGGAUAUUCUUCAAUUGGCACGCUUGUUCAAGCCACGCCGGCUGGGGAGGAGCUCGACCCACCUCCAGCGAC